CUCAAUCCAAACAAGCCCUAAAGUUACAAAAUUCAGGACGCUAGAUAUACAUCCAUCAAAAUUCCUAGAUUACCCACCAUCCGAUUACUUGCAGAGAGAGAGAGAGAGAGAGAGUUAUGAGAAAGGUGACGCCUUUGUUAUUAGUUUUCAACUGGAUCUGUUCCUCUUCGGGCGAUUCUGGGGCCGUCGAGGUAUUACAUUGCCCCCUGCGAUCGCACAUCUUUCUAUGGCGUUAUCAACGGAACAGAGUAUCACGGUGGUCUCUGAAAGGGAUGUAUUUAGUAUCUCAGGACCGAGAUAUCUGACUUCUGUUGAUUGGAAAUUCCCACACCAACGAAGAGCCGUUGCUGCUUGUUUGGUUCAGGCUGCAUAUAUUUUAGAUUGCGACCGACAAGAAAACCGCCGGGGCCCUAAUGCUCUUGCACCAGCUUGGUGGCAGUUCUGCCAUUUUGAUCUUAUCCGAACACUUGUAGAUGAUGCUGAUUGCUCCAUCUUUGGUGCCAUUUUUGAGUUGAAACCCCCAUUCCUUAUCCAAAAUGCUCCAAGAUUUGUGAUAGCCUUUCGUGGGACCCUCACUAGGAGAGACUCAGUUGCUCGUGAUCUCACUUUGGACUUCCACCUUAUUCAAAAUUCACUGCAUCGAUCAUCUCGCUCUGAGAUUGCAAUACAAGCUGUAAGAAAUAUUGUCUCUGCUUCUGGAGGUUCAAAUAUCUGGCUUGCUGGCCAUUCUCUUGGCUCAGCAAUGGCAACAUUUUGUGGAAAGAACAUGGCUAAAUGUGGUGUUUUGCUUGAGGCUUUUCUAUUCAAUCCCCCAUUUUUUUCUGCUCCAAUUGAGAGGAUCAAUAACCAGAAGGUGAAACAUGGGCUUAGGAUUGCUGGUAGUGUGAUCACAGCAGGACUCAGUAUUGCGCGCAAACUUAAGCAGGAGAGGCCUGUUAUUGAGGAUUCUUUUGCUGUGAUAUCAUCUUGGGUCCCUUGCCUUUUUGUUAAUCCAAAUGAUCACAUUUGCUCGGAGUAUAUCGGAUAUUUUGAACAUAGGAAAAAUAUGGAAAAUUUGGGAGUUGGGAUAAUUGAAAAGUUGGCGACACAGAAUUCUCUAGGAGAUGGGUUUUUGAGUGCGAUUGGGAGGGGAUCAGAGUCGGAUCCGUUGCAUCUCCUUCCAUCUGCUAUUUUGUCUAUUAAUUUGAGCCCUUGUCCGGAUUUUAAAGCAGCUCAUGGCCUUCACCAAUGGUGGCAACCGGACUUGCACUUGCAAACAAGACAGUACAUGUACAACUGAUUCAAGUUCAAGAAGUUCUCCCCAAUCUCAAAAUACGGGAUAUCCUUGGUUGUCCCCUACGCGCAUCAAGAUUUAUGUCAGGCGUCGCUCUCUUUGUUCUAAUUAUAUGAUACAUCGACAAAGGGCCCUCUAUAGGAUUUCGCUUCAUUCGCGUCUCUCUCAAGUGGUUAUUUCUUUUACAGCGCUCUCUGCUAAUGUUGCCAGUAGAAACUACAGUUGCUUUCAUUGGUAGGUGCAUAAACAAUCCUUUGUGGAACUUUUUGAAAGGUAUGUGAGACCGAGUGUGGAUACAAUUAUCAGCUCGUUUAAUUGCCAUGAUUGUCAUAUUAUCAGACACGAGUAGUUGUUCCUAUCGGGUGAAAUUAUUUAUUUAUUGUUAAGUUGAGAGUUCUAUUAUUAUUAUUAUUCGUGUUAUGCUUAUCAUUUUAGCUGGGUGUUGUCUGAUUGUAAACA